GUCAGUUGGCUGCUUUGUGAAGAAGAAAGAGUCAGUGCUCUGAGGAGCUGCUCAUGAGAAACACCAAGAAGGCCAGCAGAUCCCUCCUGGAGCUGUGCUGCUUGAUCAGAGAAAACUCAGUGCUAAAGGACUUUUCAUACAGUGGAGCAACAUCUAUAAACAUAGAACACAAAGACUUAGAAAAUAAAUAUACUGAGAUACUGAAAUAAAGAAAAUAAACUGAAUUGCACAUUGGAAAGUACAACAGACAAGGAAACUGGUGGUGUUGGGGCUGGCAUGAAAGCCAGUAAACAGAAGCACCUGAUCACAGAGAUGAGCACAAAUGCAUUACUUAUAAUGCCACUCCUGGGUCUCACCUAGGUGAUAAACUAAACCGGGAAAUUCAGGUUUCAUAUGUAUUUCUGUUCUGCUAACUACAGUGCCAGCUUCCCCAAGUUAGCUCCACCUGCCAUCCUCUCUCCCAUCUCAAGGCACCACAACAGCCUCAGCUUCUCCGUUGGAAAAGAGAUAACCUGGAGUUACAAGGGACUGACACAAGGGUGCCUCCCCAUCUGCCAACCCUUCGGCCGGGUCACAGGUCGGAUUCGGACCGGAACGCUCGGGUGCCGAGCAUGCUCUCCCUCCUGGUCAGGGCCGCCGCCACGGCCGCCCCGCUGCGCUCACUGUGCCGCUCGUCCCUGUGCUCGCUGGCCCCGUGGGGACGCGCGGCGGGGCUGCCCGCGGGCUAUCCGAGCUGGGCCCCGCCGCCGUGGCGGGCGCCCCGCGGGCUGCUGGCCGUGCCGCCGCCGCCCGGGCCGCCGCCGCCCGCCGGGCUGAAGACGAAGACGGCGCUGAGGAGGCGCUGCAAGGACUGCUACAUCGUGCGGCGGCGCGGGCGGCUCUACGUGUGCUGCAAGAGCAACCCCCGGCACAAGCAGCGCAAGGGGUAGCGCCGGCCGGAGCCCGCAGCCCCACGGUCACCGGGAGCUGGCAGCUGGGGACACGGGUCCCGGAAUCGUGACAGUGUGUCAUCUGUGGAACACCGAGAGCGAGGUGCGGUCUUGACGGCCCUUGCCGGAAUUUCAGGCCUUGGAUGCGGAGAACUUAAGUGGGAAACAACAGGCUUCAGGAUCUCUGGUCGUCGUCUUAAUCGUGAAGCCUUAAAAUCACCGCGCUGUUAAAUUAGGAAGGGUGAAGCUGGAUCACUGGACUCUGAGGUGCACUUGGGUUUAAUUAAGCGAAAUGAAAAUAAACUUCAUUGAUUUUCA